UGGUUAAAGGGUUAGGGUUAGGGUUUAGGGUAAGGACGUCCCAAUGAAUCCAGAUAGCGCUAACCUUAUUUUUAUGAGUCAUUGUGUACACAACAAUUGGUUUGUGUUGGACGCCCCGCCCAUGGAGGCGGUACCGUAUUAACUGAGAGUGAAGGAAAUCGUGUAAAGACUGGCAUCUGACAGCGCAGCAGUAAGCAACUAUAUCCACGUCCAACACGUUGUUUGCUAGAACUAUUUAUAUUUACUUGAAGUAGCCAACUGCUUCAGAUUGUUUCGAAUGGAGACCAGACAACAGGAAAGAGGACAAGGACAUAUCAGGACAGGUCUGUUAGACCCAGAGCCUGUAACAGAAGUAGAUGAAGAGAUGGUGUCAGAUGUGGACCUCAACAACACUAUGACUGAUGAAGAUAGGGAGGAAAUAUUGAGUGAACUCACAAAGUUAGAGGAAGAAAUCUCCACCCUGAGGCAAGUGUUGGCCUCCAAAGAGAAACACCACUCAGAGCUCAAAGCCAAACUGGGUAUAACACCACUCAGUGAGUUCAAACAGAACUUCAACAAGAGCUGGUAUGACAUGCAGACUUCCACUGCGUACAAAAAGACAUCGGAGACGUUGAGCACGGCAGGUCAGAAAACGUCAGCAGCGUUCACCACACUGGGAACAGCCAUCAGCAGGAAGUUUGGGGAUAUGAGAUCAAAUUCACUUGGCUACUCUAUCCGCCACUCAAUGAGCAUGCCCGCUAUGAGGAACUCGUCCAGUUUCAAGUCCUUCGAGGAGAAGGUUGAAUGCACCGUUUCCAACAUAAAGCAGACCAAGGUGGGAAGCCAAGGGGGUGGAGGGAGUUUUGAGGAGGUGUUGUCUUCAGCCGCCCACGCCAGUGCCCACGCCAGUGCCCAAGAAACCCCCAGUAACAACAUGCCCGAGAGCAGUGAUCAUGAGAGGACCUGCUAGACCAGUCUGAACCACUCAACUACCUCCCCAGACCAGGAUUAGCACUCUACUGCCCCUUACUGGCCCAGAGGCCACAUUACAUUUCCUGAUGUGGAGUGUAUGACAUAGGCCUAUCUACCCAAAGCCCCAUCAAGUACCAACACAAAUGUGUAUUAUCUACCUGCUACUUAGCUUUAUAUGCAUUUCCAUACAACAUUAAAAAGAAAGAUUGUGAUACUGUAAAGUACUCCUGUCCUUGAUAUUUCAUUUCUAUGAUUACAUCUAUUAGCUUUUUGUAUUAAAAUGAGUCUGUCCCGUUUAUAUCAAAUGUAUUUGAAAAACAAAAAAUAGUGACACAUUUCUUCCCAAUACUAAAAUUACUGACGUAAAAAAUAUAUAUUGUAUUAUCAUUAGGACAUAGGGCUCUAUUCAAUCCAUAUUGUGGAAGUCCAGUGUGACAGCGUGAUACAUUUUAAAGGCAAUGUUCCUGCAUUCACGGUAAACGCUGCAUAUGUUAGCUCAAUCGGGAAAAUGUACCUUUUGCAUUUCUAUUGUGCAAUCUGUAAGGCUUCAGCAAUACACAUUGAAUAGAGCCCCUACUUUCCAAGAGUGGACAGUCAUAUAACACUAUUGGGGGGAGGGAGUUGUAUUUGAUACUUAUACUUGAAAUUGCAUGUGCUGGGUUUGUAGGCCAAUACUGCACUGUUAAUGGGGACCAAGAUGAGGCCUUGCGCUGGAAUCUACUGAAUACACUGUCACACCUUUGAAUCAUACUAAUAUCUCCUUUAUUCCAACCGUGCACUGUUUGCACAUGAGCCUUGAUAGGUGGCAGAAUGACCAUCCAGUGUAUGUAUAGGAUACACAAUUUAUGCUUAUUAUAGGUCACAGCUGUCAAGCGGUGUAGAUGCUUUGACACCCUGUGGGAUUAAAAGUUUAUUUUUUAAAUGUGUUUAUUACUGGUUAUUACUGCUAAUCUUCAAUAAUGGACCAUACAGCUGUUUUUUUUUUUCUAUUUACAUAACACUUUCUCCUUGUGUUUAUUAUUCAAAUAGUUUUUAUUGGUUUUUAACUUAACUGUGACGUUUCUUAGACAUUCAGGUCAGACAUUUACUGAUUUUAUCAAUCAGAUCAAGUGUUAACCGGCAAUAGCUGACACCCGCAUAGACUGAUGUUUUGGCGGUGUCACAAAGCCAAACCUGUCCCACUUGCGUUUGAAUUUCAGAAUUAGAAAGUGUAAGCUAACUAGGAAUAAAGUCGCUCAAAUUGAAAAUCAUUCAAACAAAAUAGAGGAUUUCUAUCAACCUAAAUGAGAUGUACUGUAGAUAACAUCUCACAUUCCAGUGUUCGAAUUUGUAAACAAGGCUGAUGGGUUUUCUCUUAAUACGACGCCAUGCAUGUCCACUGUAGGUAUAAUGCCAGGAGCCGCCUGUGGAUUUGACCCGCUCUAACAGUUCCACAUCCAUCACUGCCGAAAAAACUGCUAUGUGAAUAUACUGUGUUUUCUGCAGUAUCAUUAAAUACUUUUUUGCAAACCAA